GUUAAUAUUACUAUCGAGUUGAUUUAAUUUAAAAUCUUUAAAGACAAAAUAAUAGAUAUCGACAAUGAAAUUGUGUUUAAUUUUAUGUUCAUUAUUAAGUGUGUGGCCAAAUUUUAGUGAAAGUUUUCAUCGAUAUUCCUCAUCACUAGAAAGAUCAAAAAGGCAAGAAGAAGCUGAGAAGGUUGGCGAACCUGAAGUUGAUUCAAUAGUCGGACAACCAUGUGAUUAUGGUACCGGAGCGUUUAUAAAUCUAUGUCAAUGGUCAGUACCAAAUGGAAGUCAUCCAAUGUAUCGUUGGCGUAUCGCUCAAGGAUCACAACAAUUUUGGCUUGGUGGUCCAGGAAAUGAUCACACAUUACUUGAUACGAGCGGUGGUUAUGCUUAUUUUGAAACUUCAUAUCAACAACAAAUGAAUCAUAAUGAAAAAUUCAUAUCGAUGAACAAUCAACUAAACAAUCAACGACAAUCAAAUAAUUCAAUUAUUAGUACUGGUAGUCUAUUAGGUUAUUCAUCGAAAAAAUCUAAAAAUGAUGAAGUUAUCCGUCCGUUGAUAAGUCAAUUUCCAUUGUUUCAAAUAAGUAAACCUGAAUCUAAAAGAACAAUACCUGUACCCGAUUAUGGCUUAUUACAGACUCCAAAUAUUAGUGAAACAGGACCAAUGGGAAUAUGUAUGAUAUUCUAUUAUAAUAUCGAAGGUCUUAGUUCCGAUAGUCUUCAAGUAAUCCUUUCUGAUUCAAAAACCAAGCAUAAUAGAACUUUAUUAGAAUACAGUGAUGUAACCGAUGGUGAAUGGAGAAAAGCUGAAGUUCUUUACACUUAUGCUGAUCUUCAUCAAAUAUUUAUUCGAGCUAACGCCAGAAAGUUAAAUGAUCCGGAUCGAUUGUUUCGAGGUUAUAUUGCAAUCGAUGAUCCUGAAUUAAAACAAUUAGAUCCCAAAAAGAUGAAAAAAGAUGAUGAUUCUUGUAAAGGUCAUUGCACAUUUGAAGCUAGUCUUUGUUCAUGGAACAAUCAAGAUGAAGAUGAUGAUUUUGAUUGGAAAAUCGGUAGAGGUUCACAGAAUCUUUUUACUGGACCAUCAAGAGAUUUUUCUAGUUUUGAUAAUAACGAAAUUUCCGGUGGAUAUAUUUAUAUUGAUUCUAGUUAUCCACGAAGACCGGGUGAUAAGGCAAUGUUGCUUAGCCCAGUGAUGAAUCCAACAAAUGACAAUAAACCAUUGUGUCUUAAAUUUGCCAUACAUAUGUAUGGUAAUGGUAUCGGUACAUUAAGAGUUUCAAUCCGUUAUACUAGUGCAAAUGAAGAACAAGCUAUACCCGAUCAGGUUCUAUGGGAAAUGACUGGUGAAUCGGGCAACAGCUGGCAUGUUGCUCAAGUUCCAAUCUCAUCACCAAUGUUAUCUUAUCAGAUUGUUUUUGAUGGUGAAAUCGGAUCAAAUAAUCUUGGUGUUAUUGCAUUGGAUAAUAUUGCAUUCAAUGAAGAAGAAUGUCCAGUAUUACCACAAACAGCAUCUAAAGGAAAUGGUGAUUGUACAUUCGAUGAAAAUAUGUGUUUAUGGAGUAAUCCAAGUCAAUAUAAUAAAGUCGAUGAUUUUGAUUGGUUACGGCAAUUCAGUCUUGGUCAAACCGAACCACGUUAUGAUCAUACUAAACGUUCAACUGAUGGAUAUUUUAUUAAUCUAAAUGGUGAUCAACCACAUCGUGGUGGUACAAGAGCAUGGCUUUAUAGUCCAGAAUUUGUUCCACAAUCAACAGUACCUAAAUGCAUGACAUUUUAUUAUUAUAUGUUUGAACGUACAAUUGAUUCUGCCGGACCUAGUUUAGGUUCAUUACGAAUUUAUGUUAAAACAAUGACCGAUAUGGGUGAAGAGAUAAAUCUUGUUUGGCGGCUAAACAAUCAUCAAGGACAACGAUGGAGAAGGGGUAAAGUACCGAUAUUGAUCGGUCCAGAUAGACAACCACCAUUACAGAACUAUCAAAUUAUAAUCGAAGGAAUUUGGGGUGAUGGUAGAGUUGGAGCUAUAGCUGUUGAUGAUAUUAGCUUUUAUAAUGGCAAUUGCACUGUUUAUCCACCAAAAGCAGCAGCUGUUUAUGGUGAAUGUGCAUUUGAUCAUGAUCUAUGCGGAUAUCGUAAUCAAUCGGGUAAAGCACCAACAACAAAUGUAAUUCCAGGAAAAGCAGCAUUAGAACGAAAUAAAAAUCCGAAUCGAUUAUCAGUUUCAAAAGAUUCAAUUACUUGGAAAUUGGCAACAUCGACAAAUCGACCGGCUAAUCUACAAGAUCAUACAUUUAGAGCGCCCAUUGGCUAUGCUUAUUUCGAUGUAUUCAAUCAAAAUCAGGUCCAAUAUCCAAUUCUUCGUUCACCGGAAUUUCAGCCUAGAGAAGAAAUUCCACGUUGUGUAUCGUUUUGGUUUACACCAUUUGGAAGGGGUGAUUCAACUGUAUUAAGCGUUUAUGUUAUUACAAUGGAUCAAAAAGAAGGAACUAAUGCAUUAAGUGAAGAAGGAGAAGGUGAACCUGCUCCAGCUAAACCUAAACCAAGUCCAAGCAAUGGACAAGCUGGACUUGAAACAAAAACACUUGUUUGGCGUAUAACAACAAGAAAAUUAGAUUCAGUUAAACCGGAAUGGAUUUAUGCACAAGUUUCAGUUACAUCGGAAUUAGUUUUUCGUAUACAAUUUGAAGGUGAAGCAAUGGAUGGUGGAUUUGCAUUGGAUGAUAUUGCCUAUUAUGAUGGUGCUUGUCGAACUCGUCCAAUCGAAGCUGCUGUUGCACCACCUCCGGAAACUGGCGAAGCUGAACUAAGAGAAUAAUGAAAAUCAAUUUCAAACAAAAGUCAUAAAGAGAAUAUUCUAUAUUGAUUUCCCAUUUUUUUUCUGUUGUAAUGACUGAUUUUAUUUUAUUUCUCACUCUCUUUUGCCCAUUUAU